AUGGCCGAAGCUGUCGGCGACAAGCCAAGCAACGACAUGUCUACCAACGGUACCUCCGACAAGACCAAUGAGUCAUCAGCGAGCAACAUAAAGGUAAGCGACGAGAAGUCCAGUGAACCGCAGCGGAGCGAGCAGCUGCAGCAGCAGCAUGAGGCAUCAGCGGCAAAAGAGAAGCAAGCCGAUGAGCUGGAUGAGCACGAGCAGUACGGCCGCCAGAAGGGGGGUCGCCGCGGCGGCGGUCACGCCCACGAGGACCGCCGCGGUCGUGGACGUGGUCGCAACGAGCGCGGCCGGUCUCGUGGCCGUGGAGGUGGCCGGGGUGGCCGGGGCAACUUCAACAACCACCGCCGUGAUUACAAUGACUACGCUCGCUUUGAGCGACAAGAUGAGAGCAGCGACGCGGCGGAAAUCCGCCGCCAGGUGGAGUUCUACUUCUCAGACUCAAACCUGCCGAUCGACCGCUACCUUCUCGACGAGACGGGCGGCAGCGCCAACAAGCCGGUGCCGCUAAAACAAAUUCACAAUUUCAAGCGGAUGCGGCACUUCCAGCCGUACAGCGCCGUUGUCGACGCUGUCAAGAAGAGCGACUUCUUGACUGUCAACGAUCAGGAUGAGGUAGGUCAAGUCAUCCCACGCAUCGCAAUGUUGAGUACCUAAUCUUUCUGCAGGUCUCUCGCCGCGAGCCUCUUGACAGCAAGUUUGGCAUGGACACCGGGAAGAAUCAAAAGCUCCUCUCCACCGAUAGCAUGCUGCGCAGCAUCUACGCCAAGGGCUUCCGCCAAGACGAUCACCAACUCGACAUCGAGAGGUUCGUAUCUUCCCUCCAUAGGUUCGGCCAUAGUCCUCAUCAGCUGACAUCUCUAUUCAAGCUUCUUCGAGCCCUUCGGCAUCAACGGUGUCCGCCUCCGCCGCUCCAAAGAAGACAACAGCUUCAGGGGCUCCGUCUUCGUCGAGUUUGAGUCCGAGGAAGCCGCCAAGCAAUUCCUCGCCAUGGAUGAUAAGCCAACGUGGGGCCCAGACAAUGUUCAUCUUACCUACAUGACCAAGCAGGAGUACGUGGACAUCAAGAACGAAGGCAUUCGCAAUGGUGAAGUCAAGCCGAGCUCGCCAUCGCGCCGUAACUCAGACCACCGCGACUCUAACCAUCGCGGUCGCGGUCGCGGUCGCGGCCGUGGCCGUGGCCGUGGCCGUGGUGGCUUCGACGACGGCCACCGCAAUCGCAAGCGCUCAUACCCAUUCGAGGGCCAAGAAGACCACGACUCGGACGACUGGCGCGCUCGCCGCGAUAGAUUCCAAGGCUCGGAGAAUCUCGACGAGUUUGGCCGACUCCGCCGCAACACCGAGACGACCGAGGAUCAGUCUACGAAUGGCAAGCGUGCUGAGGAUGGAGCGGACACGGGCAAGAAUGAGGGUACGGGCGGCGAGGUCCAGCCCGAGAAGGAGUCUGAUCCAGCCAAGGCUGACAAGGAGGGCGAGGCUGUCCCUGCUUGA